AUGCCCGCAAAGGCCGGGGCAGCGGCUGAAGCCCCGGGUCGGCGGGGCGCAGGAGCGGGGGGCACAGCGGCGCUGCCCAGCCCCGCUGGCACUCGACUGGAAGCGCCGUCGGGCGGGCGGAGGGCGCCGCCGCUGCGCCCCUUCCCUUCAGCCCGGGCUGGUUCCGAGGCUCCGCUGUCCGGCGGCGCGGGGAGCAGGACCGGGAUGCAGGGCAGCGGUGCCCGGUGUGCCCGUCAGCCGGGCGGAUCGAGGGCUCCGGCCGCGGAAAGGGAGGGUGGUGGCGCCGCCAUUCCCCCGCCUCCCCUCGCUUCAGGCGCCCGCGAACGCUCGGGUGCGGCUUUCCGUGAGGUGAUGGGCGCUGCAGAAAUACCGCAGUUUUACGAAUGUCUGGAGAAACUCUUGGACGUUAUAUUUCGACUUUUGUGUGAUGUUGCCAGGACGUAAAUAUGCGUGUGAAUGAGAAGAGAAAGGAAACGGAAAGAGGUCUGUCCAGAACUAAUUUGGUGGUAAACACGGUGCUUUAGAGUGGUCACUCAUUUUUAUAAAGGAAACACUGUUCUGAAAGAGCAUGUAGUCAACAAAAUGCAUUAACU